AUGUCCUGCUACGAGCGAUGUCCUUCCACCUCCUGCAGCCCAACCCCACUGGCCAACAGCUGCAACGAGCCCUGUGUGAGGCAGUGCCAGGACUCCACGGUGGUGAUCCAACCCCCUCCCGUGGUGGUCACCCUACCUGGACCCAUCCUCAGCUCCUUCCCCCAGAACACCGCCGUGGGAUCUUCAGCAUCUGCAGCCUCUAGUCUCAUCCCUGCAUCAGAUGAAAAGCCUUCCUCAAAGCUUCCUCCAUUUCAAAGACCUGUGGAUUACUUGAAUGCCUUCUACUAUUACAUUUAA